CCAAAUCGAGAAGCCUUUCAUUUAAAAUAUGUAUUUGUAACAUGUAUUUCAGACAAAAAAGCAGUGCUGUAUAACAAAAAACAACUCGACUGUCAAGUCGACACUGAAACGGUCACACGCUUGCAGAGCAAUAAAUGUGCAAAAUUGUAUUCGAGUUUGUAGGCAAAAAAGUGUAAAAAGGUAAAAGACCAUGUUUCUCGACGCUUUUGGAACUCCCAUCGAAGUGACACCUGACAAUCUCCACGAAUACCCAUACGAUCUGCAUGGCACUAAGCUUUUGACAUCGGCGGACUUUGAGGUUUUUUUGCCACCAAAGUGGCAUGGCACCAUUUAUAGCACCGAAGAACUUCUUCAUAAUUACCGAAAACGUUUUAAUCCGGAUCCCACUCUUCUGACUUUUCAUGCCUUGCAACCGUAUGAACCGGAGUUCAUUUGCUGUGAGAAGUCUGUGGUGGAACUGACAGCCCUGCCGGCUGGACAGAGCCUCUAUAGCGAUUCGGAAAUUGUUGUCUUUUUGGUAAAGCAGCCGGCCAGGGACACCAACACCCUGAUCACCAAGGAGCUGGGGAGCGAGCUGAACUUCUUUCCCCACAACCAUCACUACCAUGCCCGGGUCAUGGACGAGGGCAUCGAUAUCGUCUACGUGGACGAUAGGAUCUACAACGGGUCACCGCCGAACAGCUAUCAGCACCAGCGACUCUACAAUUUGCUGAGCAACAUCCAGCCGGGUACUGUGAUGAGUCUUUCGGGGCGGCCCUUGCCCGAUGUCCUGCGCGGUGCCUGCAGGAAAUCCUCCCACGCCAAGGAGCACAACUGUUAACCUCCACUCUUCCCCAAAUAACAUUCCCCUCCGUACAGUGUCCGCUUAAUAAACGUUUUGACUCCAA